GGACCCGGAAGUGGGCCAGGCUCCUUCCCCGCCGGCCGCAGGGAUGGGGCAGCUUCGCUGGUUGCCGCUGCUGGCACCGCUGCUAUUGUUGCGACCGCCGGGGGUCCAGUCCGCCGACCCCAUCCAGGCCUUCGUGGUGCCCCACAGCCACAUGGACGUGGGCUGGGUCUACACUGUGCAGGAAAGCAUGCAGGCGUACGCCGCCAAUGUCUACACCUCAGUGGUGGAAGAGCUGGCCCGUGGCCAGCAGCGCCGGUUCAUCGCCGUGGAGCAGGAGUUUUUCCGGCUGUGGUGGGAUGGCGUCGCCUCGGACCAGCAGAAACACCAGGUCCGCCAGCUCCUAGAGGAAGGACGCCUGGAAUUUGUCAUCGGAGGCCAGGUCAUGCAUGACGAGGCCGUGACGCACCUUGAUGACCAGAUCCUGCAGCUCACAGAAGGACACGGGUUUCUCUAUGAAACAUUUGGGAUCCGGCCACAGUUCUCCUGGCACGUUGACCCAUUUGGCGCCUCUGCCACGACCCCCACCCUAUUUGCGCUGGCAGGCUUCAACGCCCACCUCGGCUCCCGGAUCGACUACGACCUGAAGGCAGCCAUGCAGGAGGCCCGGGGGCUGCAGUUCGUGUGGCGAGGGUCACCAUCCCUCUCAGAGCAGCAGGAAAUCUUCACGCACAUCAUGGACCAGUACAGCUACUGCACCCCGUCCCACAUCCCUUUCUCCAAUAGGUCAGGAUUUUACUGGAAUGGCGUGGCCGUCUUCCCCAAGCCUCCCCCAGAUGGGGUGUACCCCAACAUGAGUGAGCCUGUCACACCAGCCAACAUCAACCUCUAUGCUGAAGCUCUGGUGGCCAACGUGAAGCAGAGGGCCGCCUGGUUCCAGACACCCCACGUCCUCUGGCCCUGGGGAUGCGACAAGCAGUUCUUCAAUGCCUCGGUGCAGUUCGCCAACAUGGACCCACUGCUGGACCACAUCAACAGCCACGCUGCCGAGCUCGGUGUCUCAGUGCAGUACGCCACACUGGGCGACUACUUCCGUGCCCUGCACGCUCUCAAUGUCACCUGGCGUGUCCGCGACCACCACGACUUCCUGCCCUAUUCCACAGAACCAUUCCAGGCCUGGACGGGCUUCUACACGUCCCGCAGCGCACUGAAGGGGCUGGCCCGGCGAGCCAGCGCCUUGUUGUAUGCCGGGGAGUCCAUGUUCACACGCUACAUGUGGCCGGCCCUCCGUGGGCAUCUGGACCCCGCCUGGGCCCUGCAGCAGCUCCAGCAGCUUCGCUGGGCUGUCUCCGAGGUCCAGCACCAUGAUGCCAUCACUGGGACUGAGUCUCCCAAGGUGAGAGACAUGUACGUGACGCACCUGGCCGCGGGGAUGCUGGGCGUGCGCAAGCUGAUGGUCUCCAUCGUCCUAGACAAGCUCCAGCCCCAGGCACCCACGGCGGCCAGCUCGGGUGCAGGGCCUGCAGGACACUUUGCCUUGGUCUACAACCCGCUGGCCUGGACAGUCACCACCAUCGUCACCCUGACUGUUGGUUUCCCUGGAGUCCGCGUCACAGAUGAGGCGGGCCACCCAGUGCCCUCGCAGAUCCAGAACUCAACAGAGACCCCUUCUGCCUAUGACCUGCUUAUCCUGACCACAAUCCCAGGCCUCAGUUACCGGCACUACAGCGUCAGACCCACUGCAGGGGCCCAAGAGGGCACCCAGGAACCAGCUGCCACCGUGGCCACCACGCUUCAAUUUGGCCGCAGGCUGAGGAGACGCACCAGCCCUGCGGGCAGGCACUUGGUGCCUGUGGCAAACGACUGCUACAUUGUGCUGCUCAACCAGGAUACCAACCUGAUGCACAGCAUCUGGGAGAGACAGAGCAACCGAACGGUGCGCGUGACCCAGGAGUUCCUGGAGUACCACGUCAACGGGGAUGUGAAACAGGGCCCCAUUUCCGAUAACUACCUGUUCACACCGGGCAAGGCCGCGGUGCCUGCGUGGGAAGCUGUGGGAAUGGAGAUCGUGGCGGGACAGCUUGUGACUGAGAUCCGGCAAUACUUCUACAGGAACAUGACAGCACGGAAUUACACAUAUGCAAUCCGCUCCCGGCUUACCCAUAUGCCACAGGGCCAUGACGGGGAGCUGCUCUGCCACCGGAUAGAGCAGGAGUACCGAGCCGGCCCCCUAGAGCUGAACCGCGAGGCUGUCCUGAGGACCAGCACCAGCCUAAACAACCAGCAGGUCAUCUACUCAGACAACAACGGCUACCAGAUGCAGCGGAGGCCCUACCUUUCCUAUGUGAACAACAGCAUUGCCCGGAAUUACUACCCCAUGGUUCAGUCGGCCUUCAUGGAGGAUGACAAAAGCAGGCUUGUGUUGCUGUCAGAGCGGGCACAUGGCAUCUCCAGCCAAGAGAAUGGGCAGGUGGAGGUCAUGCUCCACCGGCGGCUGUCGAACAACUUCGACUGGGACCUGGGCUACAACCUCACGCUGAACGACACCUCGGUCGUCCACCCAGUGCUCUGGCUUCUCCUGGGAUCCUGGUCCCUCACCGCUGCUCUGCGCCAGAGGAGUGCAGUGGCCCUGCAGCACAGGCCCGUGGUGCUGUUCGGAGACCUGGCUGGUCUGGAGGCUCAGCAUUUAAAAGACUGGCUUGGUGGUGGUGCAUGCCUAUAAUCCCAGCUACGCGGGAGACUGAGGCGGGAGAAUCACUUGAACCCAGGAGGCAAAGGUUGCAGGGAGCUGAGAUUGCACCGUUCCAUCUCAACCUGGGUGACGGAGCAAGACUCUGUCUCAAAAAUAAAAAUAAAAGACAAUUUUGGUCUGAAUCUAGGUGUGCUGUCACCAGGGGGGGGGUAUUCCUAAUCUGUAGUCUAAUCUGAAGGACUUAUUCUGUACCUCCACUGAGGCUUCUGUGCAUCAGAUCAACAACCACGUAGUUCUGUGUCUCUAUAAAGUAGGAGAACAUGAGAAACAUUAAACAAUGAUUGCAUUUAAAGAUAGCUGCCAUUCUCACCAACCCUUAAACUCUUUUCUUUUUCUGCUCACCUAUGGAGGUUUUGAUUAGCAUGUGCUUCCCUGCUUUGGUUUGAGAGCCAGAACCUUCCCAAGGCAGUAGCAAGCAGGCAGGCUGUCACCCACCCAUGCAGCAAGCAUGCGCUGAGCACUUGCAGGGUGCCUGGGCCACACACCGGAGAUGGAGAAGAGCAGCCCCUGACCCAGGAGAGUUUUCCUGGGCUGUUGGACAGGGGAGGUGUGUUCGUAUAGAGCCAGGAUUCAGGGUGGAGAGGGAGCCGUGCCAUAGAGGGCCUGGUGUUUCGUGGGUGUGGAGGAGUGUGAGACCACAGCUGGGAGGAGGUCAGGGGUCAGGUCCAGGGGGUGGAAGUAACAGAGCCUAAAGCGGCAGCUAUUUGGGCAGAGCCUGGAGAAGCUUAUGGAAUCUAAGGAGGAGCUGGACACAAGGUCCAGACAGGCACGGGGCAGGGCAGCUCUGGGCAUCUCAGGAGCAGAGGCUCACAGCCUUGUCUCCCAGGACUGCCAUUGAGCCACCUCUGAUUCCCAUGCUUCGGAUUCCCAGAAGAGGAAAUCCGAUUGGCCUAGCAGGGUCAGGUUCUGCUCCCAGACCAGUCAGUGGUUCCUUCUGGGUGGCCGGGGCUUUUCCUGCAAAGAUGAGGCCGUGUCUGAGAAAGCCCCAUGGCUGUUGUCAGCUCCGUCCCGCCUGGCCUCGCUCUGGUCUCUGUUGGUUGUGGGUAAGGGAAACCCAACAUGAAGUAGCUGAGCCUCCAAGGAGAGUGCAUGGUGAGGCCCCCAUAACCAAGGGAAGGGCGGGGUGGACCUGGGCCUCAGGCCUGGAGCCCUUGUGAGGCUGUCCCUGUGCAUCUGUCACCUGCACUUCUCUCCAUCUGCAGACGUUCCUUCACCUCCCACCUGGGAUGUGACUCUGAACAGCUCUGGGGCUGCCCUCAAAGAACAGCUCUGUCUUCCCCACUCAAAAGGACCUAAGACUUGGACUUUCCAGUUCCCAGUGUAGAAGUCCUGGGGAAAGAUUCUGAUUGGUCCUGCUGGGGUCAGGUGGCCCAUACCUGGACCAAUCAGCAUGGCCUGGGGUGAUGUAAGAAGAUGGUAGCUCCAGCUGAACAUCUCGACUUGGAAGGAGUAGGGGCCAGGUGCCUUCUGAGCAGAGAGACCAGUAGAUGACAAAACAGGGGUGGAACUGGCAUCCCAGAUCUUGAGUAGAAAACAGGGCUCUGGCCAGACAUGGUGGCUCACACUUGUAAUCCCAGCACUUUGGGAGGCCAAGGAGGGAGGAUCACUUAAGCCCAGGAGUUUAAGACUAGCCUGUGAGACCCUGUUUCUACAAAACA